AUGAGACGAACACCGUCAAAAAAUGAAGGCGCUGCUGGCGGUGGUGGCAACAGUAGUGUUGGUGGCCGCCACGAAGAAGAAGCGAAUGAUCUCGACGCGCUUGCCCAUAUGCGUGGGCUUGCAAAAGGCAAACUCACUCGCGUUAAGAACAUGUUGGAACAAGUUGCUGGUGAAGAGAUGACGCUGCCCAAGGUAAAAGUGCUCGGUAAGAAGAUAGAAGCGGCAUACAGUGAAUUCAAUGCUUGUCAUGAGCGCAUCAUGGCAAUUACUCCUGCCAACAAAAGGAAGGAUCAGGAUUGUAAGUACCUCGAAUUUGAAUCUCUCUAUGAUAAUGUGUCAUUAACGGUUGAAACGCUGAGCGAAGGAUUACUUCAAGCCCCUGUAAACGCUCUAGCAAUUCCAAAUCAGCAAUUGAUAGUUCAACAAUCUCUUCCACGUGCAAUCCCACAGUUUGAUGGUCGUUUUGAUCAGUGGGAAAAGUUUAAAGUUAUGUUUCGAGACGUUGUAGAUCGAUCAAACGACUUGCCUCGUAUUAAGCUCUACCAUUUAGAAAAGGCUCUGAUUGGGGAUGCAGCCGGCAUAAUUGAUGCAAAAACCAUUUCAGAUGGCAAUUAUGACCGCGCUUGGGAAAUAUUAACAGAAAGAUUCGAAGAUAAAAGACGACUAGUUGAUCAUCAUAUAUCAGGAUUGUUGAAAUUAAGAAAAAUGACGCAUGAAAGUUUUUCCGAGCUAAGAACACUUUUAGAUUCAUGCAUAGGCCAUGUCGAAAACUUGAAAUAUUUGGGUCAAGAAUUUUCUGGGGUAUCAGAGAUGAUUGUUACCUAUCUUCUCACAAAUUCACUCGAUGAUGAAACGAAAAAACUUUGGGAUGCCACAGUUUUACGUGGAGAAAUGCCUCAUUAUAAUAACACAGUCAAUUUUCUAAAAGGUCGCAUUUCCAUAUUAGAACGAUGUCAAAAGUCCACAACUGAUAGCAAAGUCAAACAUUCCUCCCGUGUCACUGCAAAACUGGGUCAAAAUAUGUCAAAUGUGAAAUCGAAUGUCGCUACUUCUAUCAGUUGCGAAUUCUGUACUGGUGAACAUGUUGCGUUCAAGUGUUCAACAUUUAAUGAUUUAUCAGUGGAAAAUCGACUUAAGCUAGUGCGUGAGAAACAAGUAUGUUUUAACUGUCUACGACGUGGUCAUCGAGGAGCUGAAUGCAAAUCUACUAAGACAUGCUCAAAAUGUAAAAGAAGACACCACACUUUGCUACAUGCAGAAGGAGGACCUGCACAAGGCACCGAUUCGAGCGCCUCCAAAGCGAUCGAACAGCCAGUAUCGCAGUCAUCGGCUGCUGUGCAACCUUCAGAUACCAAGGCUGCACUUGAGCAUGUAUCUACUACAGCAGCUUCGAACAUGGGUGGAGUACCAACUUCUCAAAUAUUUUUGCUAACGGCAACGGUUGUCAUCUUAGAUAAACAUGGACAACAGCAUACAUGUCGAGCGCUUUUAGAUAGCGGAUCGCAGGUUAAUUUUAUUUCAAAGGCAAUGCAUCAGAAGAUUCAAACAGAAAGCGAAGCGGUUAAUAUUCCUAUAACCGGCGUUAAUAGUCUGAAAUCCAACAUACGACAACGAGUCAAAGUACAAGUACUUUCAAGACAAAACGAUUUCAAGAUUGAGAUGGAUUGCUUAGUUUCGGGUUCGGUGACAGGAAUGCUGCCUAUUAUUGCGGUUGAUACAGCCAAAUGGAAUAUACCAACGGGAAUAGUACUUGCGGAUCCAAUGUUUUACCAACCAAGAGAAGUGGAUUUAUUGAUCGGAAUGGAAUGGCUCGAUGAUAUAUUAAAACCUAGCCGAUUAAAGUUGCCGGAUGAUUUACCUACGCUACAGGACUCGCAAUUUGGAUGGUUAGUUGGUGGAAAAUGUGUAAAUGUGGAAAAUUCUAUGAAUUCGAUAGGCCAAUGUUUUCACGUCGCAGUAUCUACAAGUGAGUUAAGCGAACAAAUACAACGGUUCUGGGAAAUAGAGAGUGUACACAACGAAGAAAGUGUUGCAUCAGAGGCUGAACAGUGCGAACUUCACUUUCAAUCAACAUUCAAACGGAAUGAGGAAGGACGAUAUAUUGUCCAGUUUCCACUCAAAGAAUCUUUCAAUCAACUUGGAAAUUCAAGAUCUAUGGCACUCAAGAGAUUCUACGCUCUCGAAUAUAGGUUACUGAGGAAUCCAGAAAUUAAGAAGCAGCACGACGAGUUCAUAGAAGAAUAUGAGCAGUUAGGGCAUUGCAAGGAGGUGAAUGAAGAAGAUGAUCCCGAAGGUAUAAAGAAGUGGUACUUGCCACACCACGCAGUUCUAAAACCUACUAGUUCUACAACAAAAUGUCGUGUGGUUUUCGACGCUUCAGCGAAAGUAGGUGGGACUUCGCUAAAUGAUGUAAUGAUGAUUGGUCCUACUAUUCAACCAGAUUUAUUAACUAUCAUAUUGAAAUUUCGAUUAUACCGUUAUGUUUUAAGUGCUGAUAUUGCUAAAAUGUACAGGCAAGUCCUGAAAAAUGAAUGUCACACCCCACUUCAAAGAAUUUUCUACAGGAAAAACCCCACAGAUCCCAUUAAAGUACUCGAAUUAAAAACCGUUACCUACGGGACAGCGGCAGCGCCGUUUUUGGCUAUUCGGGCGCUGUAUCAAUUGGCGAUAGAUGAGCAACACUCACAUCCCAUGGCGGCAAAUGUAGUAAAAAAAAAGUUCUAUGUCGACAAUGUAUUUGGUGGAAAUGAUUUGAAUGAAGUUAUAAAGCUUCAGCAAGAACUGAUUUCUUUACUAAAUCGUGGUGGUUUUCAUUUGCAUAAGUGGGCAGCUAACGAUGUGCGACUUCUGGACGCUAUUCCUGCAGAAGAUCGAGACGAGAUGGUGAGAAUAGAAGAAUUUAGUGCUAACGAAGCAAUCAAAACUCUUGGGUUGAUGUGGGAUCCUGUAAAGGACGAAUUUAUUUUCCUUGCCCAACCGGACUGUAGCAACUCAACACCAACGAAGCGACAGGUACUAUCCACAAUAGCGAGACUUUUUGAUCCGUUAGGUUUGUUAUCACCUGUUAUAGUUUUGGCAAAGGCAUUGAUGCAAAGAUUGUGGAAAAAUAAACUUAAGUGGGAUGAUCCCAUUGAUGGCGAGCUUUUAAAUGAUUGGAGAAACUUUCUUGGUGCAUUACCUCUCAAUGAGGAAUUUCGUGUAGUCCGACAAGUAGUUCCGAACGAAGCAAAACAAAUUGAAAUACACGGUUUUGCAGAUGCUUCUCAAAUAGCCUACGGGGCAGGUGUGUAUUUACGCUCAAUAUACAACGAAAACUUUGCCAGUUUGCAGUUAGUAACAAGUAAGUCCAAGGUUUGCCCCAUUCCCCCGCUGUCCAUUCCAAGAAAGGAACUACUAGCAGCGCGCCUCCUGUAUCGUUUGGUAAAGAAAGUCAUCGACGCAAUGGAAUUGAAAGGUGUUCCAGUAAUACUUUGGUCCGACAGUCAGGUGGUACUAGCGUGGCUCAGCAAGCCACUGGAAAAACUACAAAUAUUUGCUAGGAAUCGAGUUGCCGAAAUUGUAUCUACAGAUAACUUCGAGUGA